AUGUGGUAUCAAAUACCAAAGAGUAACUCACUUGAAUCUGAAAGGCAAGAGAUUCCUUCUGAACUGGGAUCACUUUCAAAGCUCACCAAACUGCACUUAGGAAGCAACAAUCAGAGUGGAAGUUUCCCAGCUUCACUUGGGAAUCUUACAUAUUUGCAAGAGCUGAAACUGUCAUAUAACCAGUUGAAGGGAAAACUUCCAGACUCAUUGUCACAAAUGAGAAGUUUGACACUGAUUGAUUUAUCAGUCAAUCAACUUUGUGAGUUCCCUCUUCCACUCUACAAUUUGUCAUCACUUAAAGGAAUAGGCCUGUCCUAUAACUACUUCUCGGGUAAUCUGAGAAGCAAUAUCGGUGAUGCUUUUCCAAAAGCAGAGAAGAUCAACUGGGGAAUGAAUUCAUUCACUGGAACAUUUCCAGAUUCAUUUGCCAAUGCUUCAAAUCUUCAAAUACUUGAUCUUCCAGGCAACAAUUUUACUGGAAAUGUACCUGCAAGUUUAGGAAAGGUGAAGAACUUAAGGUGGCUCAACGUUAACGGUAAUCAGUUGGGGAGUGAUGAACCUGAUAAAAUGAAUUUCAUCAGUUCCCUGGCCAACUGCAGCAACCUACAGUACCUGCUUUUGGCCCACAACUACUUUGGAGGCAUGUUUCCAAACUCAAUUGACAGGCGAGAUCCUAUCUUCAAUAGGAAACAUCACGAGACUGCUCUAUCUUUAUUUGUCUGGAAUACUUUAAAUGGAACCGUUCCUCAAUCCCUUGGAAAUUGCAAACAGCUGUUGAGGCUUUAUAUAAGUGAAAACAAUCUAAGUGGCAUAAUUCCAGGGCAACUGCUGAGUUUGCCAUCCCCAGCACAUGUUAAUAUCUCUUAUAACUCUUUUAUGGGUUCCCUGCCAAUGGAGAUUGGAGAUAUAACAAACCUUGCAAGUUUUGACCUUUCUUACAACAAUUUCUCCGGCAUGAUUCCAAGCACCACAGGGAAAUGUUUGCAACACAAUUCAUUUGAAGGGUCCAUCCCGUACUUAGCUGACUUACAAAACCUACGGGAGCUAGACCUUUCAAGAAACAACUUAUCAGGAGAAAUUCCACCUUGGACUAUGAAUCUUUCCUCCCUACUGUACCUGAAUCUUCCAGACAACAAUUUAGAGGGUGAGGUUCCCGUCCAAGGAGUAUUCUCAAAUUCAACCGCAUUACAAGUUGAGGGGAAUCCCAAGCUUUGUGGUGGAAUCCAAGACAUGUUUUCUGCUUUCUAUGUUUUCUAUUAA